AUGGCUCCUGGUGACGAUGCCCGCCUGCAGCGCGAGGAGGAAGAACGCGCCGCACGCGCGGCGGCCGAGAUCGAGCGCACCCGCUUGGACGCGCAACGCGCCGCGGACAUGCGCGCUCUCGCCGUCGCCAAUGCGCAAACUGGCCUCCAUGCCCAGGCCGUUGCUGUGCAGUCUAUCAAGACCUUGGUGCCCGUCGACUCCGCAAACUAUAGCAAGUGGUCGAACCUCCUCCUCAACACGCUCGGCAAGUACGCCCUCGACGACCACGUCCUCUCCGACGACAGCAACCCCGACGAUGACACAUGGUCACAACUUGACUGUACGGUGAAGUCGUGGCUCUACGGCACGAUUUCGUCGGACCUCCAGGAGCUCGUCAUGCACCGCGAGGCCACGGCGCGCUCCGUCUGGCUCGGCCUUGAGCAACAAUUCCUUGGCAACAAGGAAACUCGUGCUCUCUACCUCGACGCCAAGUUCCGAAACUUCGUCCAAGGCGCUCUGUCCAUCACGGACUAUUGUCGCCAACUGAAGGGCAUGGCGGACGCCCUCGGCGAUCUUGGUGAACCCGUGCCAGACCGGACCCUCGUCCUCAACGUUCUUUGCGGCCUCAACCAAAAAUUCUCCUACAUGACGGCCCUCCUCAAGCGACAGAAGCCUUUCCCGUUGUUUAUCGAGGUUCGUUCUGAUUUGUUGUUGGAAGAGCUGACCAUGGCCAACAAGUCUUCUACACCAUCUGCCUUCGUAGCAGGCACGUCCCCUGCGAGUUCGUCCAGCCGUGGCGGACAGCCUUCAAGUGGCUCUGCGCCCAACCAGUACUCAGGUGGUUCACACGGCAACAACAACAAAAACCGCCGUCGCGGUGAUUCCAGCGGCGGCAGCAACCCCUCGGUCGGCAGCAACUCGACCAGCGCCAACUCCUCCGGCAGGCCGGCAGUACGCUCGGGUUGGCCGACGGUGUAUAAUCCGUGGACCGGAUCCAUUCAACUGUGGUCCGGACCUUCCGCUCCUCACCCGGCCUCUGGUCUGCUAGGCCCCCGACCGGCUUCACAGCCUCCCGGGCACGUACAGCAGGCUCUUGUCGCGGAGGGACACGGCGCCAUGCAGCCUGCUGCCGCUCCUGCUGGCAUGCAACCGCUCGCGCCUGGAAGCUACAACGCCAUGCACACCAUGCAACCGCAGGCCAGCGGCAUUCCGCCGCACUUCGGUGCCUGGCCUGCCACGCAGUCGCCCCUCGGCGUCCCCGGGACUCCAUUCCUCGGCUGGGACCAGAACAUGUUGGCUCAAUCGUUUAAUACGAUGACGCUAAAUCCACCCGCCAGCACGGAAUGGUACCUCGACUCCGGCGCAACCUCCCAUAUGACUUCGGACGCCGUCCGCCAAUUUACUACUGACAAUCGUUGCUCAGUCGAGUUUGACCCUUUUGACGUUUCUGUGAAGGAUCUUCUCUCCAAGAACGUGAUCGCCAGGCACCGUCCUGAUGCCAUUGCCAGCCUCUACACAACUCGUUGCCAACAUUUGGAGCCCCGCGGCCUUGAACCUGACGUCUCUAGUGCAAGUCAACCUGGGCACACACCAGAUGUUUGA